AUGGCGGCUUGGUUGUCGCAGUAUAAAACCAUGGGAUGCUCAGAUGGAACCCGUGAGGAAGACCCAUUGGUUGAUAGUCAGAAGGAGUUGGUGAAGGUGUUGGAGAAGAAGGGUGUGGAAGUGAGGGCUAAGUUUGGGGAGGGAGAUCAUCACACAGUGGAGUUGAUGGACCCCACAAAGGCCAAUGCAUUCUUUGUGAUUUUAAGAGAUUUCAUCUUCAAAACUUGCUCUGCCUCAGUGACUGUUAAUGAAAAGCGGUUGUACGAGGUGGCUUUCACUGGACAAACCGCAAGAUCUGGUGGAUGGCAGAGGAGAUCUGGGAGACUAUGUCCAUCUGAUCAAUGUCAAAUUCCACAGCCAAAGUUUUCGCCUACUUCCCCAAUCGUCCUCAACCAGGACGGAACCGCCAAGCGCCUUUUCGAAUCCCCAACCUUCCCUUCUGACCCAAACCCUUCUUCUCCCUCUCCUGUCCUCUCCAAAGACCUCCCUCUCAAUCCUCUCCUCAACACCUCCUUACGCAUCUUCCUUCCCCGCCGUCGCCACCACCACCACCAACCACCGGUCUCCGCCACUCCCAAACCAAAGCUACCUCUCAUUAUCUACUUCCACGGUGGUGGUUUCGUCACCUGCAGCAAAGCCACCACCGGCUUCCACACAUUCUGCGUGGAAAUGGCAUUCCAAGUUGGAGUAAUCAUUCUCUCCGUCGACUACCGUCUCGCUCCCGAACACCGCCUUCCUGCGGCCUACGAAGACGCCAUGGAAGCCUUGCGUUGGGUUCGGCACCGCUGCGACGAUCCAUGGAUCGCCGACUGUGCCGAUUUCUCAAACUGCUUUCUCAUGGGUACGAGUGCCGGCGGCAAUAUUGCCUUCCAUGCGGGUCUACGUGCAGCCGCGGAAGCUGAUGAUCUGGUGCCGUUGAAGAUCAAAGGGCUGGUGCUGCAUCAUCCUUACUUUGGUGGGGUGAAGCGGACUGGAUCGGAGCUGAGGUUGAUCAACGACUCACAAUUGCCCUUGUCUAUCAACGAUCUUCAGUGGAAACUGUCGUUACCGGUUGGAGCUGACCGUGAUCACGAGUAUUGUAAUCCAACGGUGGCUGGUGAGUCUCCCUCAUUGGAGGUGGUUAGUCGGCUGAGAUGGAAAGUUAUGGUGACGGGCGGUGAGGAAGACCCAUUGGUUGAUAGUCAGAAGGAGUUGGUGAAGGUGUUGGAGAAGAAGGGUGUGGAAGUGAGGGCUAAGUUUGGGGAGGGAGAUCAUCACGCAGUGGAGUUGAUGGACCCCACAAAGGCCAGUGCAAUCUUUGUGAUUCUAAGAGAUUUCAUCUUCAAAACUUGCUCUGUCUCAGUGACUGUGAGCAGAUUGUGAUUUCAUCUUCAAUAAUGGAACUGCUAAUGAACGUGAAAAAUAGGAUGAUUGUGAUAGUUUUUUUUUAUUAUUUUUUAGAACAAUUAGUGGAGGUGCACGUUGCGCGUGGUAAUUUUA